UCCUCUGGUGCAGGUUGAACGAGUUUCUUUCAAGCUUCUUCCUCUUCAAUUGAGGCGUCUCUUCAAUCCCCACCAUGCGUGCAUCAAUCUCAGUCUGCGCGAUGUCGCUCGCGCUCCUCCAACUUGCGGAAGCUCUGGGUGGAGCGCGAAGCCGGAAGUUCAGCUUGAUGGCAGAUAUGGGCCUUUUACCCGAUGGCACGCCCAUGCAUUUACCGUCCGACAUUAAGGCAGCAAUGCAAAUCGCAUCCUCACGUCCCCCUCCUGCGACAAAUGGGACACCUGAAAAAAUUGAGCCGGAAUAUGUCGAGUUACCUCUGGAUAACUUCGCCAAGAACAAGGACUACAGCUACCAAGGAACGUUCAAUAACCGGUUUUGGGUCGCUGAGUCUGCAUACAAGCCCGGCGGGCCUGUGUUCAUUUAUGACGUGGGUGAGGCGGAUGCGGAGCCCAAUGCGUUAUUUAGACUCCAGAAUACGACAAGCUUCUUUAAGCAGAUCGUGGACAAGUACAAUGGAAUUGGCAUAGUCUGGGAACAUCGGUACUACGGCAAUUCGACCCCAGAGCCCAUUGAUCUAAAUACCCCACCAGAGGUCUUCCAAUGGCUCACCACGGAGCAGUCGUUGGCUGAUGUUGACCGAUUCGCCAAGCAAUUCAAGAGGAAGAACAUUAAAUACAACUUGACGCCUGACAAGACCCCAUGGAUCUUUGUCGGAGGCUCAUACCCCGCCAUGCGAGCGGCCUUUAUGCGAGAUAAGUAUCCUGAUACCAUAUUCGCUAGUUAUGCUUCAUCGGCACCGGUACAGGCUCAGAAUGACAUGUCAGUGUACUUUGAGCCUGUCUGGCGAGGCAUGACCGAAUAUGGGUGGGGCAACUGUACCAAGGAUAUCAAAGCAGCUAUCCAAUACAUGGACAAGGUCAUGGAGAAUCCCACAGCAGCAGCAAACUUAAAGGAACGUUUCCUCGGACUAGGCGCUGGCAACAACAGCAACCCAACCUUUGCAGAUGCGCUGACAACGCCCUUCUACCUCUGGCAAUCAUACGGUGUAGAAGGUGGGGCUCUCGGACUUCGCUCUUUCUGCGAUUUCCUUUCAACAGACCCUCUGUCGAACAAGACGUCUGGUGCUGAUGGCUGGGCGGCGAUAAAGGGCGCAAACUACACCGUCAAUCGGUGGGCCGCGUACCCAAGAUUUACGACUAUGGUCAAUGGCUAUUUGACAACGAACUGCUCAGGAACCCUGCAGAAAAAGGGUGACUGCAAUCUGGACUUGCGGUUUGAUGAUCCAGCAAUGAUCAGCUGGACCUGGCAGUACUGUACUCAAUGGGGCUUCCUCCAAUCCGCUAACGUUGGCGCCCAUCAACUCGUCUCCAAAUACAAUUCUCUCGAGCACCAAAAAGACAUCUGCCACCGACAAUUCCCAACAGCCAAACCACCUCUCCUCCCCACCUGGCCUAGUGUCGACCGCACCAACGACGUCUUCGGCGGGUGGGACAUCCGCCCGUCCCAAGUAUACUGGUCUGGCGGCGAAUUCGACCCCUGGCGAACGCUCUCCCCACUCUCUGCAGAGUCAUUCGCUCCGCAUCCAAAGACGUUCCAAAACCCGCCCAAGUGUGGCGAGGAACAGGAUGAGGAUGAGAUCUUUGGGUAUGUGAUGAAGGGCGCGCAGCAUUGCUAUGAUUUCAGAACGACAUUUGCGGGCGGCAGUGUGAGCCGGAAGUACUUUACGGAUGCGCUGGAUCGGUGGUUGCCGUGUUUUAAAUCUAAGAAGGGUGGAAAUGGACAUAACUAGAACGAGGGAGAGAAGAGCAGACUAAAAUUCUGGGUAUAUUCGGGUUGCAUUGUGAUCAUGAAGGG